AUGAGGAUACGACUUCCUUUUGCAGGGGGCUUCUUCUUCCUGCUCCUUAUUGCGGGCUACGCCGGCCUAACGUCGCUGCAACUGGGCCAUCUCAUCAACGACAAGCUCUUGCACUUCCUCACGUUUUUCGUCCUGACCAUAGUAUUUUACUGGAUCGUCGACACGAACCGCCGGCGCACCCUGAACCUGACCCUGACCGUCUGCACCGGCGCCCUCGGGGUUGGCUCCGAAUUCCUACAGGCCAUCCUGCCCAACGACCGCGACUUUGACGUUUACGACAUCGUAGCCAACCUUGUUGGCAGUCUGGCCGGCUUGGGCCUGUGCAGUUGGUACCACAAGCGCAUGUUGGAGCGCAAGAGGGUCCGUAGGGGCUACGGCGCCGUCGCGGGCGAAGAAGGUGGCGACGGCUUCGGCGAGGAAGACGACCUGGAGCUAGGCGAAGGCCUCGGUCUCGGCGGUAGUGGCCACGAGGAGGGCAUCACAGAGGUUUCUCGCCCACAUGACGACACCCCAGCCAAUGGCGGUGGCAGGGGUCUGACUCUUGAAGAGGAGGUUGAUAACUGGGACGAGAACGAGGUUGACGCAUGGGACGAUGCAGACGGGGCUGGAGACAUUGGAGACUCGGCGCCCGUGACCAAAAACAAAACAGGAAAAGGGCCGAUGAACGGUGAUGGAGAUGGCGCAAAACGGGCCGGCUGA